AUGUCCAGGGAGCAGAUUGAGUCCAUGAUCAAGACGGUGGAGACCUUGCUUGCUGAAGCAGAGCAGCUCAAGAACCGCUGCAGGCGGCAGAACCAGGACGUCACGUUGAUCCUUGAGCAGCUGCAGCAGGAGAACCGGGAGCUGGCCCAGAACUACGAGCAGGCAGAGCAGGAGAUGGAGGCAAUACGCAAGGCUCUGGCCGAGCUGAUGGAUGCCAAGAUAGCUUUUGAGGCCCGCGAGAGACAAGUGCGCAAACUCAGCAAGCAGCUCUGA